CCGCGCUCCGAGCCGCGGCGCCCCCUCGCGGCCGCCGGGGUCGGCAGCCUGGGGCUCCGCUGAUCUAGGGCAACGACCGGGGGACGCUUCGAGCCCGCAGCGAGAGUGACCAGCAUGGUCCCUGCCGGCAGCUCGGCGCCGGAGGGUUUUGACUGCAAGGCCAGCCCACGCCGAGGGUCCAAGAAUCGGAAUAUGCCGCCCGCACUUGGCUGCUGCAGCACCGCGCUGGACGUGAGCGCUCCGCCCAACCCGACGGCGUCAGCUGGCGCGCGCGCCCGCGACCGGCGUGCGCAGGCGCCCACCGGCCGCGCAGCCGCCAUUGCUCUCCUGCCACGGAGGGGAGCGCUUGUUGGCAGUCCGCGGGCCCGGACGGAAGGCUGAGGCGACGCCUCGACGACAGCGGACCGGAGCUGCAGGGGCAAGACAUUCAGGGCGGGGUGCCCCAUUUAGGCCUGGCUGACCGGAGUAAGAAACUACAAGCCCCGAAGUGCAUUGCGCCUCAAGGUUACGGAGGCAGUGACCACCCACCCUGGAGCCAUGGUCCACGCCUUCCUCAUUCACACCUUGAGGGCCCCGAAUACUGAGGACACGGGCCUUUGCCGAGUGCUGUACUCCUGCGUCUUCGGUGCUGAGAAGUCACCUGAUGACCCACGGCCGCAUGGUGCCGAGAGGGACAGGCUUCUCCGGAAGGAACAGAUUUUAGCUGUGGCCAGGCAGGUAGAGUCAAUGUGUCGGCUGCAGCAGCAGGCAUCUGGCCGGCCCCCCAUGGACCUGCAGCCGCAAUCCUCAGAUGAGCAAGUGCCGCUGCACGAGGCCCCACGCGGGGCUUUCCGCCUGGCAGCAGAGAACCCUUUCCAGGAGCCACGGACGGUGGUGUGGCUGGGCGUGCUCUCGUUAGGCUUUGCCCUGGUGCUGGAUGCCCAUGAGAACCUGCUACUGGCUGAGGGCACGCUCCGGCUGCUGACACGCCUCCUCCUUGACCACCUCCGGCUGCUGGCGCCCAGCACCAGCCUCCUGCUGCGUGCUGACCGCAUUGAGGGCAUCCUCACCCGCUUCCUGCCACAUGGUCAGCUGCUUUUCCUCAACGACCAGUUUGUCCAAGUCCUGGAGAAGGAAUUCAGUGCCGCUUGGCCCCGCUGAUUCCUCGUUGGGAUGGUGCUUCUGAGGGCAGGCAGAGGGUAGACGCACAGCCAGAUGAAGCUUGGCAUCUACCUCCUACCCAGCAGCUCUGAUGUGCUGCUGUACCAGGACAAGUGGGUGACACAAGCCUGCAGAAAGGGGGCUGGGCAGAGGGUGGAGGAGGUCCUGCCUAUCCUCAGGUUAGUGGAACCACAGAACUUCCUGAGCCUAGGGCUGCUGUGUUACUUAGACCACUGCAGUGCGGCAGCCACGCUUGUCCUUGAACCCACCUUCCUCCAUCCCUGCCAGCCGCUAGUGCUAGGGUGAGGAGCUGCCUGGAGCUCAGCCCACUCUUCUUCCAAACCCACAGUCAAGGCCAGGCGUGGUGGCUCACGCGUGUAAUCCCAGCACUUUGGGAGGCUGAGGUGGUUGGACCACCUCAGGUCGGGAGUUCAAGACCAGCCUGGCCAACAUAGUGAAACCCCAUCUCUACUAAAAAUACAAAAAUUAGCUGGGUGUAUGGCGCCCGCCUGUAAUCCUAGCUGCUCAGGGGGCUGAGUCAUGGGAAUCACUUGAACCUGGGAGGCAGAGUUUGCAGUGAGCUGAGAGUGCGCCACUUCACUCCAGCCUGGGCAACAGAGUGAGACUCCAUCUCAAAAAAAAAAAAAUCCCACAGUCAUCGAAACACAAAAGGGGUCUCAGACUCCCCUGAGGGUGGAGGAGCUGUGCCUGCAUGCUGGCAGGCCACAGCCCCUGGCUUUGUGCCCACUUAGGCAGUAUUAUCAACAAGGUCCUGCUCAGUGUCCAGCCCCCGCUGAGUUCAGAAAUGCAUCUGCCAAUCAGCAGCAGGAUUCUGCAGCUCCUUUUGUGCCAAGCCCAUGCCCACCAGGCAGGCUCGAGAUAAAGUCAUCACAGCCUUCCCUCAUCUGCAGGGAGAGAAGUUGCUGUCAGAUGAAUGUGAGCAGUCUAGCCUGGAUGACAUAUUUUUUGUUUUGAAUUAAAAGCACUGGCUGUGUGAUUUUACCCUC